GCAAUCCUUGGUGCAAUCAUAUAAAGUGAAAAUCUGCAGUAUAUGUUGGAACAUUUUUUUACAUUUAAGAUUUUGAAGUAAAUUCAUAAUGAUUACUCACAGAAACGUUAUAUUUAUUAUUAUAAUUUCUGUUCUUAUUUUAAACAUAGCCUGUUCUAUGCCUAGCAUUUCUGAAAAACGUAAGGAGAACAAAGUUAGAAAUAGCACGAGUUUUGAUCAAACAUUAAGCGCCCCAAGAGUAACUCCAGGCAAGAAAUGGCAAGUAAGCAGAUUGACUCAUAAACGAUACGAAAUUGUUAACCUACUGUGGAGAAAAACAAAGAUAUUUGGUGACGUUCAAAGCGUAACACCUAAUCCCAAUAUAAAGAGUGUUCCUAAAAGGAAGAGAGACCACGGUUAUUCAACCACACAAGAAACGCAAAAACUAAACUAUGCUUUACCUUAUCUAAGAAGAUCAUCCUCAACACCGAGUUUUAUAGAAUUUCAAUAUUUAGAUCUUACUAACGACGAGAAUUCAAAUUCAAUAAACGAAAGCGAUAAUAAUGCUAAGUAUAAUGAAAAUCAAGUAGUAGUAAAUUCUCCAUUUUUUGUAUUUCACCUUCAAUAUGAAACAUGCAAGUCUACACAAACUCCACCUAUUCAAAUAAAUAAUACUUUAAGAAAUUUAUUCCUCGCUUAUUUAACCUCUCCAAGGAAUAUACAAAAUGCAGAAAAUACAGCAAACAACAUUGACAUGGAAACUUGUCCGUUAACAACUUUGCCGUCUAAUACUAUGAAUAGUUCAGACGAUUCUGUGGAAGGCUAUAAUAAUAACAAUGAAAAUGUUACAAAGGCUACAACAAUAUACGACAAAAUAAAGUUCUUUGAAAUAUAUGACAGUGAUACACCACAAAUAUCACACGCACAAAACCUUGAUUAUGAUCAAAAAGCAUUGUUCGAAGACGUCGAUGUUAAGACUAGUAUGCAAUCAAAUUACAAUAAAACAAGAUUUGUGAAAAAGCACAUCGAUAAAGUUAUUUCUGCUCAAUACGUAAACGAAUUUUACAAGCAAUCUUCUAAAGAGUUAUUUCCAGAAGCGGCAAAAGCUACAAUAAAAUCAGUUGUCGAUAACGAGUACUCCUACAUAAGCCGACAAGCUGCGUGGUCCGACUUUCCUUUUGUUGCUGUCUAUGUGCGUUGCGAUGCGGCAGCAAUAAGUCCACAUUGGCUGUUGGCAGCCGCGUCAUGUUUGUCUCGACGAAACAGAGAUACAUAUUACGUAGAUGGUCAGUCGGCGUAUGUGGCUUACUGCACUGACAACUGGAGAAAUCCUGAGAGGAUAUCUUACGUUAAACGGAGCUUUAUUCAUCCAAGAUUUGACGAUAGAGAUUUCGCAAGACGGCACCUCUACAAUAUCGGUGUUUUGCAAAUAGUCAAUUCCAUGGCUGAAACGUGCAAUGGGUGGGCUCCGGUAUCGCUGAUAUCCCAUCAAUUUGAUGCAAAUCCUGCAGGCUCGGUGGGUGUCGCACUUGGCUGGGGAUUAGACAGAUAUGAUGCCAGCCAGCCUAUCAACGUUAAACAUACCCUAAUGAUGUACGAAAAUUUAGUGCAUUCGGAAACCUGUCCUGGUUAUAUUGAUAUCAGUCAAAUGAAGAGUUCCAAAAAUAAAGUUAACGACCUGUAUUGUCUGUCAUUACCCAAUUACUCCGGGGAAAAUGAUGAUAAAGUUCACGGCGCAUUGCUGUUGAUUGGCGGAAAACUAAUUGCACUAUAUUUACAGGAGGAGCGGCGUCCCUCGGGAGAGCAAUCAGCGCUGUACACUGGAGUGUGGCGUCACAUUCCGUGGUUAGUGGAUACAGCGAGGGAACCCGAGGAAUUUGUUACGUUUUCUUUAGAAUUCUAAUAGAAAAUUGUAAACUAUAGUCCUUUUUGUAAUUUGUUUCUAGUCCAUUGUGUAGUGUGAGUUGUGAGGAUUGUUUAAUAGUUAUAAUAUUAAAACAUUUCUUAAAAUGGAUUUGUAUAGAUUGCGUCAUAAAAUUAUUAUGUGAG